AAGUUCGUUCUCUUAUACUAUCGGAAAAUUGUCGGGUAGGAAAGACGUCGGUAGUAAACAGCAGCGAAAAGGCAAAAAAGGCGAAGUCGGUUCGCGUGUAAAAAUACCGACAAAAGAUCUGUGAAGCUAAAGGUCGACGGUGCAGUUCGGUAGUCCGUCUCUGCCCCAGCUUGUCACUUUGACAAAUUCGCGUUCGGGGCGUCAGCCAGUUUGCUAGCAAGGGGAGCCGCCUUGCUUUAGCAUCAGCAGCAUCAGCAGAAGAAGAAGCAAAUAGGUUAGCAUUGGCCUUAAUAGCGGACGACGAAGAUGAUAGCGCUCAUCAACAAACUGCUGGACUGGUUCAAGGCGCUCUUCUGGAAGGAGGAGAUGGAAUUAACCCUCGUGGGACUGCAGUAUUCAGGAAAGACCACAUUUGUCAACGUGAUAGCGUCGGGCCAAUUCAGUGAAGACAUGAUUCCCACAGUGGGCUUCAACAUGAGGAAGAUCACCAAGGGCAACGUCACCAUCAAGCUGUGGGACAUUGGCGGACAGCCUCGUUUCCGGAGCAUGUGGGAACGUUACUGCAGAGGAGUCAGCGCCAUAGUAUACAUGGUGGACGCGGCCGACCCAGAGAAGAUUGAAGCCUCCAAGAACGAACUCCACAAUCUGCUCGACAAACCUCAACUGCAGGGAAUUCCGGUUUUGGUUCUGGGCAACAAGCGCGACUUACCAGGAGCUCUGGACGAGAAGGAACUCAUCGAGAGGAUGAACUUAUCAGCCAUCCAGGACAGAGAGAUCUGCUGCUACUCCAUCUCCUGCAAGGAAAAGGACAACAUUGACAUCACCCUUCAGUGGCUGAUCCAGCAUUCCAGGACCAAGAGGAGUUCCUGAGAGUAGACAACCCCCAAACUACACACCCAACCCAACCAGCCUUGCCAUCCUCCAAGCUCCUCCCGCCUCAUCCUUCCAUUUUCAUAUUUCCAUGUUGCAUAAACUACACUACCCAUGAACCUCCUGUAUCUCACGCUACAAGCUCCGAGACGGCGGCGACCAGACAGGAAGCAGGAAACACCACAAAUAAAGCCCGGUCCCUGCUGGUUGUUCAAUUAAUCUCAAAUUAACAGAGUCAAGUUUUUCACAACAUAGCAAGGAAGAGUUUUAAAACUUUGUUGUCAGGUGAGAUCAUCAGCACGUCGGCCAUUUUGACUGACCCUUCCGGAACCAGACCGGAAAGAUGAACCACCUCUUCCUCGUCGCCGUCACAUGUCCUUAAUCUUUUUGUCAUUCAUCAUCUGGUCACUUUUUUUCUCGUCCUCCCUUUCAGUUUGAUGUUUACUUCCCUUUGAAAAUUUUUUAUUGCACUCUUGAUUUUUGUUUUUGUAAGAUAAGAAUAAUGACAAUGUUGAUAAUCGUUUCAUGUGUAACAUUUUAUUUGAGUUUUGUAUUUUUAUUAUUAUUGUGGUUUUUGACAUAUUGGCCGCUAGAGUCAUGUAAUGAUGAUCAUGCUAUUUAUGUCGAUAAUAGAUCAGCUUAGUUUAUUUAUCAAUCAUGUGAAUCAGACCGAGUGAUCUGUAAUGGAAGGAAUCGGUUCGUUUAAACGUGAUCCGCUUGUUUCUUCUCCAACGCAAUGUGAGAAAUGUAAAACUUGGAUUCAUGUGGACCUGGUGGAUUAAGAAGAAAUGUAAUGGGAUGUUGUGCUCAGAGAUGUGUUGUCAAUUUGUCAACCCUCGCCUCGCACCAAAAUAAAGCGUGGAGGAAAUUAAAUGUAGCCAUGUUAAUGACAAAGGUUUUUUUCCCAACUGGCAAACAACUGAAUGAACGUAGACUGCGCCUCUCAGGUGCACAACAUCAUUCGUCUGUGGAAUUUUAUUUAGGUGAAAAUGCCUUUUAUGACGUCACACAACUAAACUGGAAUAUUGAAAAAAGUAUUACAUGGAAAUGUGUCUUUUCUUCCCUUGUGUGCCCUUCAUUUUGACACCAUCAAGCCAGCUUUUCAAAGUUCCCUUUACUGAAUUAUUGUCCAUAAAAUACAAGUAGAAACAAUGAACUUCACUGGCCAGAAAAUCAAAUACACGAGACAUAAUUUCAUUUUACUG